AUGACUCUCGCAGCAGCAGCAGCAUCAGCAGCAUCAGCAGCAGCAGCAGCAGAACCAGAACCAGAAGCACAGGCAGUAGCAGCAGCUACAGCAGCUCGAACAGCAGCAACAGCAACAGCAGCAACAGCAGCAGCAAGAGAAGCAGCAGCAGCAGCAGCAGCAGCAGGUACGGGUGAAAAUGCGAGUUCUGCGUUUGCUCCAAAUGGUGGCUCCUCGUCUCCGCUGCAGCAGCAGCAGCUGCUGCUGCUGCAGCAGCAGGAGCAGCAGCAACAGGAGCAGCAGCAGCAGCAGAUGAGGGGGAGUGACAGUGCAGCAGCUGCAGCAGCUCGCUGCCUUUUUGCUGCUGCAGCAGCAGCAGCAACAGCAGCAGCAGUAGCAGCAACAUCAGCAGCAGCAGCAGCAGCAGCAGCAGCGGAUGCAAGGCUGUGCUAG